AUGGCCCAGCAGCCACUCGACGCGAACAUGUCGAACACUUCAUCUAAACACUGGAUGAUCGUGAUCUGGCCGAUCAACUGGCGCUGCUUCGAUCUGGAAGAAACCCUACGAGCCCGCCAGCUCGCGAAGGCCCCUCAGGGCAAAGUCCAUGCCGGAUCAAACAAAUACCGCCAGAAGUCGACGCCCGAAAACCAGUCCGUUCCGGCAAAGAAUGCGCGAUCCGUGCGAGCGAUCCAGAAGGCCGAAGACAGCAGUGUGUCGGAGUCCGAUGCAAGCGGAUUGGAGCAAGAAGACGAGUGCCGCCGGGUGUACCUCGUGGAAUCGAAGGGAUGGGAAAUCCAAGCACCGACGCCGGUACAUCAAGACAACCCCGACCAUACCACCAUGUCGCAGAAGAACUGUGCCCACUGCGGGUCCACGAAACACGACAAUCUGGGAUGUUGGAAGCGACUGAAGUGCCAGAAGUGUGGGCGGAAGGGGCAUCCAUCCGACCACUGUAUCUUCGUCUGUCGCGCAUGCGAAGAGAUGCAUGACUCUGGGAAGUGCCCAAUGGAGGAAUUCUACAAUCUGAUCCGCCAGUGGUAUAAGCAAGAGAAACCAGAGGUUAGUAAGCAGAUCGACAAUACAUGUGAAUUGCACAAGAGGCCUACCUUUGCGAUCGCGAACUUGCGGAAGGACGAUUACUCCCGCACAGAUGUGGUCAUGGAGUUAGAUCUGCUGCCAGGGGAGUCAAGAGGAUACUGGAAGUACCAUGCUUCCGGCAAAGGGUUUAAACAGGCCAAGUCUACAGCCAAGAUCAACAACGAGGGGGCCACACUUCUCUUUGAUUCCGGCGCGGAGAUCUCAAUUGUGGAUUCUACCUUUGCUCGUAAGGUGGGAUGCACUAUAGACAAUAGUCAGAGACAAGAAUGCGUGGGGAUCGGAGAGAACGCAUACAUGACCGAAGGACGUACCCGCAUCAAGAUCACGCUCGCAGGAACAUACGUAUACUACUUCGACGCAUGGGUCGGCGACUUGACGGGUCAGAAAGCGAUCUUGGGAAUGUACUUCAUGGUCCCGGCAGGCAUCCUUCUCGAUCUAGCCGAUGGGUCAUUGUGCCUCCCAGACGAGGUGCGCAUCCAGCUAUCUGGGCAUCGGCAGCUCUUCAGCAGAAAUUCGAGAGUGAUCACGUUCGCCCAACACGGUAACAUUCCAGUGGCAGGAUCCGUGGAGAUCUGUGGCCUGAGAUCGCUGUCGGAUGAGCAGAAACUGUGGGUCACCCGCGGAGAUCGAUGGGUCCCAACGGUGGUGAGAGGACCAGGCCGGACGCAGUAUCUACGGAUCACGAACGUAUCAACCAAUAACGCUGCAACGCGACACCCGUAUAGGGAUCUGGAUCACGUACCACGGACCACAGGAUACGUCUCAGUCGGAUCACGACGAUAUGCAGAAUGGCAAAACCUGGCGUUCCAAACCACCGCCGACGAAACACCGAUAGAGGACUCGGACGAAGUUGUGGCUGAACCGUUGGACGACAGACCGCAGUACAACGCACCAACCGAGAUCUCGAAGAAGGAGCCGAAACCGCGGAAGCUGAUGUCGAUCCAACCAUCACCCUGCGUGGAGACGAAGAUCGAAGAACCGGCGGCAGGAGGCGAACCACUAAAACCUGAACCGGAUGAUGCAGAUCACGUCACCACGGAAGGCACGAGAGUAGACCAGGAACAGAUCGAACCGAGAGAUCAGGUGAUCCAGCUCAGAAGAUCGGACCAAGCGGGAGCGCUGGUGAAGCCGGACAGGGAAGUCGACGACGACAUGGAUGACGCCGUCUGUUACCACGAGGGCGGAGACAUCUUCCCGGAAGCCAUCGAGAACCACAUGGCAGUGUUGCCAGAAGUCGAGGCCACCACGAGAGAAGUCACGAUAGACGAUAUCCGGGUGGAAGAUCCGGAUGCGACGCCGGAAGAAUGCGAACGGGUACGUCGCAUCAUAUGGAAGCGGCGUCACCUCUUGAUCAGAGCUGGAAACGCACUGCCCCCCCCCCGCUGCGCAUGGGGCGAUCUGCGAUAUCGACGUCGGGAACGCGAAACCGGUAGCACAACGUUCCGAAGAGUAGCUCCACAGUUCCGUGAGAAGUUAUUCAUGCUCAUCAAGGGACUACUGUCGGCGACGAUCAUCGCUCCAUCAAUCUCACCUUGGAAGCCACCACUGCAUAUCCGCCUCUGCAUCGAUUACCAAGUGGUAAACAGCUUGACGAGGCUGAUGGUUUACCCGAUGGCGUUGGUCAACGAUCUUCUCGAGGACUUGGGCAAGUGGAUUCUGGGUCGUGUCCACGACGCCGCGGGCGAGACGAUCUCUGCAUUCAUCACGCCAUUCGGAUUAUUCGAGUGGGCGAGGAUGCCGUUCGGUCUGAAGAACGCCCCGCAGAUCUACCAGCGGAUCGUAGACAAUACCCUAUAUGGGCACAUGCGCAUCAAGCCCGGCCAAGACAAGACAUUCGAUGUGUUCGAGGAGGGCGAGCCGAACCAGAACCUAAACCGUCGAUCUUGGGACGGCGAUCCCAAACGCUACUGGGGCAGGUGCAAGGUGACCUACCUGGGCCAUCAAGUGUCGACAGAAGGGUUGGAAGCAAAACCAAAAGAUCUUGAAGCCUUCUCGAAUCUCCCUUUCCCCACCAAACUCAAGUCGAUGCAGUCGUUCCUUGGAAGCCUGAAUUACUACAACCGCUUCAUCGAGGAUUUUGCGGUCUAUGCAGCGAUCUUGUACGAGCUUCGGGAGGUAGAGUACUACCUGAUCGCGCGGUUGAAGUCGACCGGAGAGCCGGAGGAAGGGGCAGCACCAGCGGGCGAGGAACGCGAUCGCUGGACACGAGCGAUGAAUGCGUUCACCAUACUCAAAGCGAAGAUCAUCUCCACCCCGAUUUUGAAGCACUUCGAUCCGGGGCGGGCGCAAGUCAUAGUCCUCUAUGCUAACAGUUGGGCGAUCUCGGCGACACUAAUGCAGGAACACAGCGGCGUGUACUGGCCAGUAACUUUCACCAGUCGGACGCUGAAGGCCAACGAGUUGAACUAUGCGAUCGUAGACAAGGAGGUCUUGGCCCUUCUUCGCAUGUUGGACAUCUGCUACUCGCAGUUGAUCACCUGA